AUGAAGGCAAAGACUUUAGAACAGCUAAAGGAACUUCAACACCAGCCAUCACAAAUAAGAAAUAUUUGCAUCUUAGCUCAUGUUGAUCAUGGGAAAACCACCAUAGCUGAUGCCCUAGUAGCCAGUAAUGGAAUUAUUUCUAAAAGGAAUGCAGGAAAGAUUCGCUAUAUGGACAGUCGAGCCGAUGAGCAGGAAAGAGGGAUAACCAUGAAAUCAAGUGCAAUUACUUUGAUGUAUGAUAAACAAAGAGGUAGUGAAGCAGUGUCGAAACAUUACCUGAUCAAUUUAAUCGACUCUCCGGGUCAUGUGGACUUCUCUAGUGAAGUGUCAACUGCAGUCAGGCUGUGUGAUGGUGCUGUGGUGGUAGUUGAUGUGGUUGAAGGCGUUUGCCCACAGACUCAAGCUGUACUGAGGCAAGCCUGGCUGGAAGAGAUACGCCCGAUUCUGGUCCUGAAUAAAGUUGAUCGUCUCAUAUCACAGUUGAAGAUGGUUCCAAUCGAAGCAUACUAUCGCCUCAUUAAGAUUAUUGAACAGGUGAAUUUGCUCAUCAACCAGCUGUUUAUAUCCGAAGCUAUGGGGAAGACAUCACUGGAGACAACUAAGGAUGGAUUAAAUGAUGCACACACUGAAGAUUCCAAUUCAUAUGAUUGGACAGUCAUUGGGGAUGAAGAAGAACAUAAAAACAUUUAUUUCUCACCAGAGCUGGGAAAUGUAGUGUUUACAAGUGCUGUUGAUGGCUGGGGAUUUACUGUGGGUGACUUUGCUAGAAUGUAUGCAACAAAGCUGGGUGUCCGGGAGCAGAUUCUUCAGAAGACAUUGUGGGGUGACUACUACAUGAAUGUCAAAGCCAAACGUUUCAUGAAAGGAGCUCAGUCAAAAGGAAAGAAGCCAUUGUUCGUUCAGUUUGCACUAGACAACAUCUGGGCAGUGUAUGAUGCAGUAUUUGAACAGAGGGACAGUGACAUGAUUGAGAAAAUUGUCAAGUCAUUAGAUUUGACACUGGCACCUAAAGAUCUUAAGCAGAAGGACAGAAGAAUCACGCUGCAGUCCAUUAUGGGCCAAUGGCUACCUUUGUCAGAUGCUGUCUUAGAUACUGUGACCUCACACAUUCCGUCACCCUUGCAAAUGUCAGAGGAAAGAGUGGAGGAGCUAAUGUGCAGCAAAAGUCGCCAGUUUUCUUCCCUUCCUGAAGCUACACAGCAUCUUAAGAAAGAUUUUCAAGCCUGUAGCUCCAGUGAUGAUGUGCCUGUGGUUAUUUUUAUAUCCAAGAUGUUUCCAAUGGAGAGGAAAUGUUUGCCCCAAAAUAAAUCCAGGCCUUUCACAGAGGAAGAGCUUCAUGAAAGACGUGCUGAGGCUCGGAGGCGACAUGCAGAGAUAGUUACACAAAGAGAAAAUGCUGCUAAAGAUGGUGGCAACACCAAAGAAGUAAAACCUGCUGGUUCUCAGCAGGCAAAUGGUCAUACAUAUUUAGAAAAUUCAUCCUCUAACAAAGAAGAAGAUGAUUUAGAUGGCCAUGCCUUCAUUGCCUUUGCCAGAAUCUUUAGUGGAACAGUUCGCAGAGGUUCUUGGGUAUUUUUUCUAGGUCCAAAACAUGAUCCAGGGGAAGUGCUCUAUCAGUUGCCACCUUUGACAGCUGAGGAACUACAUUUGAAACCUGAACUCUUGGCCAGUCACCCACACAUUACAUCUGUGGAGAUAAAGGAUCUGUAUCUACUGAUGGCAGGAAAUGUAUUUGGCAUUGGUGGAUUAGAAGGUGUUGUGGUCAAAUCAGGAACCUUGUCCUCAACGUUAGCCUGCCCAGCGUUCACAGAUAUGUACUUUGAUGCUGCCCCUAUUGUUCGUGUUGCAGUAGAGCCAGCAAAUGCAGGUGAUAUGAACAAGCUGGUGGCUGGAUUACGUCUGCUGAACCAGGCUGAUCCUUGUGUAGAGGUCAGAAUCCAAGAAACCGGUGAACAUGUGAUCAUUGCCGCAGGGGAGGUGCAUCUUCAGAAAUGUAUCGAUGAUUUAAAGGAAAGGUAUGCCAAGGUGGAGGUAAAUGUGUCCAAACCGAUUGUGCCAUUCAGAGAAACAAUUAUCCGGCCCCCCAGGACGGAUAUGGUCAAUGAGAAUAUUCAGGAGCACAGUGAAGAGGCGCAGGACGAUAGAGGAACUAUUCAGGUAUCAACAGCUGACCGCCAGUGCCACCUGCUUAUACGAGCCGCUCCAAUUCCUGGCAAAAUUCCAGACAUACUGCUUGAAAACCAGCAGAUCCUGAAAGCUUUGGACAUGGCAGCAAGCAGCACAGGACGCACAGAACUACAGGUGGAAUAUCGACUGACUGAAAUUGCUUCAGAGUCAAUUAAAAGCAUCAGGCAACAGCUGAAGGAAGAGUUUGACAAAGCAGGACCAGAAUGGGCUGGAGCAGAGGAAAAGAUUUGGAGUUUUGGCCCUAGACGUUGUGGUCCAAACAUCCUCCUCAACUGCAUCAAAGGUUACAACAGGCCUUCAGUGUGGCAGUCAUUUGACAGAUGCAGUUUAGAUACUGGCCGGAUUGCAGAUCUGGAUAACAGCAUCAUCACCGGCUUUCAGAUGGCCACCCUCGCAGGACCUCUGUGUGAGGAACCUAUGCAAGGGGUCUGUUUUAUUGUUGAAGACUGGUGGUACGGGGACAGAGUGAAGCUUCCGUUUCCACAUGCAGACAAGACUUCCAGCAGCAGUAUAUCAAAGGUUAAUGCGGGUGACUGUUUAGAAGAUAAAGGAAGCUGUGAUACCCUCUCUGAGGAUUUCAGAACCCAGGCAUCAUUAGUAAACAGCAUACACAGUGACUGUAGUAAUGACAGCGGUCAUGACAAGUUUGUGCCUGGGUAUGAAAGCUUUCAAACUCAUAAGAGUGCAUAUGGGCCUCUGUCUGGGCAGCUGAUCUCCACAAUGAAAGAGGCAUGUCGCCAGGCCUUUCAGGCUCAGCCUCAGAGACUUAUGGCAGCAAUGUACAGGUGUGAAAUUCAGGCCACCGUGGAAGUCCUAGGUAAACUUCAUGGAGUUUUAUCAAAACGAUUUGGCCAGGUUUUGUCUGAGGAGAUGCAGGAAGGCACUGCAACAUUUAUCAUAAUAGCAGUGUUGCCUGUUGUGGAAAGUUUUGGCUUUGCUGAAGACAUGCGGAAGAAAACAAGUGGCCUGGCCAGUCCACAGCUGAAAUUCUCUCACUGGGAGGUGUUACCUGUCGACCCCUUUUGGGUGCCCACUACAGAGGAAGAGUAUGCACACUUUGGUGAGAAGGCUGAUGCUCAAAACAGGGCUAGGGUCUACAUGAACCAGGUACGGAAGCGCAAGGGCCUGCCCACAGAUGAGAAAAUUGUGGAGUUUGCAGAGAAACAGAGAACUCUUACCAAAAAUAAAUAA